AUGUACGCCCUAGUGUCGGCCUGCUGUCGGCACGCCCCGGGGCUCCUUCGUCCCCAUCCCCCCCUCCCACCAGCUAAGGCCUCCUCCGGUGAUCCUGCCGAGGAGGGCAAAACUGAAGCUGUCUCGGACACGGGCGGCAAGAAGGAGAAGGCAAACAGGCGUGACGGGGGAGGGAUUGCUGGGAAGAGGUCACGGGUGGCGACGCCGGGCCUGCUGGCGGAGCUCUUGUCGGAGAAAGAGGAUUCCAAUCACCGGGAGGCUUGGCAGGCGGUCCUGCUGGUGCUGAGGGAGUUCAAGGAGACGUGGAUGGCGGAGAAAGGAGCGGCGGCGGUGCUCCCAACCCUCCUUACACGGCUCCGCAAGGGCGCCUUCCUCGCCACGUCCAGCACGUCAUACCCGUGCCUGCUGCCCCUGCUUGCCUCUCUACCGGCGCAAGCCCUGCUCUCGCCGGCAGACGGCCGGGCCGGCCCGCCGUUCUGCGUGGCCUUUGUGGAGAACCUGUGGGUCACGAUAGCCAAGCCAUCGAGCGGAGACGCUGCAGGAGAUCGCACCGGAGGAGGCGGCGGCGGCGGCGGCGGCGGCUGGCUCGCCGACGUCGUGUCCGCGCACGUUGAGUGCGUGACUUUCUUGCUGCUCAAGCUUCCCCCCGCGCCGCAAGGGCUUGGGGAAGCGGGCGACACUGCGGCAGCGAGCACGAGCGGUGGUAUACCCGGGGGGGGUGGGGGGGUGGACACCGAACGAAGUUCGGCCGCUGUGAGCGUUGCAGCGGCCACGGCUAAUCUUGCCAAGGCGGUCGGUGUCUUUGUCCUCGAAGAAGAGACAGGCGCGACCGGUCCGGGCAACGGUGUCCGAACGGCGGGGAGGAGGUCACAGACCAUCAGCGAAGCGUUUGGCCGCGUGCUGGGGCAGCUGCACCUGGGGGGGGAGAAGGGAGCUGGGGUGAUGGGCACGACGAGCGGGUCUGCGGCGGUGUGGGGAGCUCUGCUGCGCGAGUUUGAGGGAGGUUUGGAUCAGAGGUCAAGGGGAGGCGCUGCUUGGAUGGGCAAGACGCUCGUGCAUGCCAUGACAGCGGUAAACGAGCGGAAGAGCGGAGGGGCGCGGGGAAGCCCCGGUGCCGCUACGGUCGCGGAAGAAACCGUCGAGAAUCCCACGCAGCCGCCAACGACAGCAAAAGGGUCGCACUGUACCGGAUUGCGGGAAAUGUGUCGGACUCUCUUUCACCAUUGUGUCGGAGCUAUCGGCUACGUUAGCCCGAGCAGUGGGGUAACCGAUGAUGAAGCGGGCGCGGCGAUAUCUUCGGUUGACGCCCCUCUGACGGCCUUCAUGUCGAGCAUGGCGGGUGCCCUUGGCAUGGACGGCAUUUUCUGCAUGGGGGACGCCGCCCUCCCCGGUGACGGCGGCGGUGGCGAUUCCAGGCCCAGCGUGGUUGCUCCAGACUCGGCCAGAGAGUUUUACGAGAAUUUUCUGGUCCCGAGGUUUGUGGCCUCGGCGGGCGGCAGGCGGUCGACGGAGGCGAUGGGGGAGGCGGCGAUGGCGCUCGAGUCUCUCACGAAAGCCUUUCUUCUAGCAGAAGAGGGCCCGAGGCAGUGGAACGACUUCCGGCUGCUGCUGAAGCGUGCCCUCGCCGAGCCCGAGGUGGUGCGGCUGCGAACGACGACGAUGGUUCUACGUUUGGCCCCUGCGAGCAUGGCGAGGGUGUUUCCCGAGGUGGACGAGGCGUUGCUUAGGGCGUGCGGAAUCUCGUUCCCCGGAACCGAGCCAGCGGCAGCCCCGCCAUCAUCAUCAUCAUCGUCAUCAUCGUCGCCAAGACUCCAUCCAAAGAGCAGCACGCAGGACCUCCCAGCCUUCUUGCAAGCCUGCCUCGGGGCAACGGAUGGCGGGCGAGAGCGCACGGCCGCCCCCUUUGUGAAGGCUUCCACUGUCUCGGAGGUUGCGAAGGUCGUGACCGCAGCCAGCCCCUCUGCUUCGACGUCCAGUAGCGCAGGAACGGCAGAGGCUGCUGGUGUUGCUAUCCGGCCAACGCUGCUGCCCAUGGCGGUCCUGGAAGGCCUUCUCGGAGUGCUAGGCACGGGAGAAAGCGGGGGGCCGGCGGACAGUAGCAGGAGAGGUGUCGGCAAUGACGACGAUGCCCUCGCUGCCGUCCGCAAGAGCGGGUUGUCUCUUCUCCUCGCCGCUUUCUCGGCGAUCGGGGAAGGGCGGGCGGCGGACCGUCUGUGGCGCGACGUCGCCGCCCCCACCCUCCAAGAUCUCGUUCUCCGCGCCCCCCGCCGGGAGGCGGCGGCGGCGGCGGCGGCGGUGGCCGAGACGCCGCCUCCUCAGUGGUGCGACGGCAUCUGGCAAGACUUCGUAGGCGAAGCCGUGGAAGAAGCUCGGCGCGCGAUGGAAGGCAACGGCGUUAACGACGACGGGGCGUCGGACCAGGGGGCCCCGCCGCUGCUACUGCCUGGGAGGGGGGGGGUGGAGCGCGCGGCGACUCUGACCUCCGCGCUCCUCGACCUCCGGAGCGCGUUGCUGCGGCGGGGGGCAACCCUGCUGCCGCCGGACGAUGCGCCCGUGCUCUGGCGGCUCGGGCUCACGCGCCCCUCCGUCUGGCGACAACGCAGGCUGGAAGCUUUGGCGGCGGGGGAGCGAUCCACGGGGGGGCCCUUGGCUACCGCCGCCGCGGACCUGGCGCGGGCGUGCGUCGGGAGCCGGUGGUCCCGGCGGUGGGAGUGCGUGUCGCUGGUGCUGGGUCGUCUUCCGGACGCCAGGGCGAGGCUGUCGCUCCUGGUGGAGGGAGUCGUGAGCGCGGAGGCUGAAGGGGGAGGCGUGGGAGUCGCGGGAGAGGCGCUGCACGAGAUCUUGGCUGCCGGGGUCAUGGUCAGCAGGGCCGUGAGGCUGCUGGGGGGCGAAGAAGGCCGCGGCGGGGUGUCGGAGGUUAGCGUAGACCUUCCCUCGUGCCUGCUGGUCGCGCCCGCGGAGGACACGAUCUCGGCAAGCGGCCGAAUGGCGCGGGCCGCCGCAGGAGGAGUUGACUCGGUGGAAGAUUUCGGGGUAGGUCUUCGGAGGUUCCGCGGCGUUUCGAUGGGGGCGGAUGGCGACGACCCAGAGGCAGUGGCCGCUGUUGCGUCAGCGGAGGUCUUGGAUGCGGCUCUUGCGCAUCUCGAUGCCGCCGCCCUCGCGGGGGGCGGCGGUGGCGGCGGUGAGGCCGGGACAGCGUCUUGGCGGACGGCUUGCUCGGCGACGGUUUCGUCCGGUCUAGUCGUGGCGGUGGUCGGGGAGGCGUUUGCUCGCGGCCUCGGGCUUGGGGACGAAGCAAACAGGCUUAUGGCCGUCCGGUGCGGAACCUACAAGGCUCCGGUGCCUUCCGCCGCUGAUCUGGUGCCCGGGGCAAAGACGCUCUACACAAGCGAUGGGCAAGCGGUGACCAUAGUGGCCGCCCACGUGGAUCCAGGUGGCGGCGAGGGGUACUACACCGUCCGACCUAUCCCAGCACCCGGCGGCACCGCCGAUGACGCCGGUCGAGAGCGGCAAACCGUCCUCGGGCGCCUUUCCGUCACACCCCCCUCCCCACGCUCUUCGGGAGCCGUAGCCGCCCCCCCCCCCCACGCCCGUUGGCUAGUACGACCGGCUGUGGCGGCGAAACUGGGGGAGGUUUUGGCCGGUCCCGUCUCCGCGAUCGAGCGGCGUCUCUGGGAACACCUAGGCCGGUCUCCGGAGAUGUCUGGCCCGGAGGCGCCGGCGCUGUCCUCGGCCACCGCAGCGGCGCUCCGCGGAGUCGCGUCGACGUGCGUGAGAGCGGCGCUGCUAUGUGGUUCCAACCCCCGCGGUACCGCCGGUGGGGGGAGUCAAGAAGCUUGGGAAGGGGUCCGCCCGGGAAUCCUGACCCUGAGAAACCGGUGGGCGGCGGCGGCGGCCAAGUCCGGGAGCGCGGUCCUGGCAUCGAAGACCGGCGGUGGCGGCGGCGGGACUGUCCAGGCGGCGGCGACGGUGGCCCUGGCGGCCUCCGUGCUCUCGGGGUUCCUAGCCGCGACGCCCCUCAUGCCGUCCGACGAAGAGGGCAUGCGGCUCAUGCCGGCGAGGAUAAGGGGAUCCUUGUGCGGAGAAGCGGCGGGGGGGGCGGGCUCCGCGGCCGCAGCUCUCGGGUGGAGGAGGGUGCAGGGGACGGCGAGCCUGGCCUGGCUCCGCGACUGCGCCGAGGCGUCUUGCAAGGUGCACGUGUCUGCCUCGCUGGGGUCCCUCGGAAGCGACAUUUUCGUCGGCACGCAGGCGGAGACGGAGGCGGCCGUGGUGGCGCUGGUCAGGUCGGCGGUUCGGCGGCGGCGGGGCGACAAUAGUGUUGUCGGGGGAGGUUCCUUCGACUUGGCGCUGGCGAGGGCUUGUGCGGGGCUCUUCGCGGCCGAGAGCUGCCGCCUCUCUCAGGGGCACGCGGCGUCCCUGUCCUGCGAUUCCAAGGCGGCCGUGGUCUCGUGGGCGGUGUCCAAGUUCUUGCUCAGCGGUGGCCGGAUGGCGUCAGCAACGGCGGCGGGGGGGACCUUGGUCAGCAGCUUCGGAGGCGGCGACGACGACGCUGCUGCUCUGUGCCUGGAGACCGCGCGCUUGCUGACGGCCACCGCGUGGGACGGGCUCCUCGCGGCGCGUGGCGACAGGGCGAAGGUGUGGGAGGCGGCGCGAUUUCCGGCGGUGUGGCGGGGUCUCCACGCCGCUGUUGUCGGCGCCGUCGCGAGCCCCGUGCUGCAGCUGUGCGCGUUCGAGGUGCUCGAAGCCGCCGCGGCCGAUUGGCGCAGCGACCCCGUCUCUGGCGAUGAAGGGUCUGAGGGCGCCAAGGGUGACGACGCUGGGACGCCGGCCGGGGAGGAGGAGGGCAAGGGUGAUGGCAGUAGCGCUACCGCACCAGGCGAGGGCCAGUCGAUUGUAUCGCGGCUUGCGAGGGCCUUGGGUGGGUGGGGGCUCGCGUCGGCUCAAGCAGGCGGGGGGGCGGGGGGGGGCGUUGUUGAUGUAGAGGGGUCCGACGGGGGAGGGGGUGCUGACGAAGGAGCAGGGAGCAGCUCGCCUAGCACGGAGGCCGUCGAAGAGGAGGCGAAGGAGCAGCAAGAUGAUCUCGAGCUCAUCGCCAAGUGUUUCCCGGAAGAUCUCUUGCUGGCUGUUGAGGCGUUGCCGUCGACCAUAGACGCGCUCGCAGAGGCACCACAGGCUUCAGCGAGGGCAAGGAGUGGCACUCGAAGAGAAGAAAACAUUAUGGCGGCACAUGAGGAAGAAGAGGAGGGGAACUACGACGACAGUGAGGCAGAGGAAGAAGAUGAAGCGGAUGAGAAACAAGCGUGGGGCUCAGAAGAGGGUGCCGAUGUCGAUUCCGCCGAACGACCAACAAGCGACGCCUCUGCCGAAGAAGAAGAAGAAGAAGAAGAAGAAGGUGGUUCAGAGAGAGGAGAUGCGGAAGAACACUCGGCCGACUCCGAACCGGAACAAGGAGGAGGAACCGCCGAUGGGACUGACGGCGAUAUUGCCCCGCAAUCCACGGCCAGCAAGAGCAGACGCAAGCGUCUCCGACGCCGCCUCAGCAGCAGCAGCGGCUCAACAAGGACGACAACGUCCGACAGGGGACAGGCUGGAAACAUCCCCGGGGGGGGACGCGAUCGUCGGCGCACUCCCGCUUCCGGUCCUUCCCUCACGGGCCCAUUCUUGACGUGGCUACUUUGGCUGGAGCACUGCCGACGAGCGUCGGAGUUGGAGGCCAAGUCUAGGUCGGCUGCAAGGGUUUUCGUGGCGAGGGCUGGCGCGCUCUCGCCGGUGAUGGAGGCGUGCUUUAGAGUGCUGCGGGCUUCGCAGGACGACGGGGGUAGGAGUAACAGCGGCAGCAUCGGGGGGGCGUCAAGGUUGGGCCCCGCCCAAGCAGUCCGGGUGUCUCGCCUCGACCCCCGCAAGCCGCAUGACUUAGCCCGUCUGGCCCUCGCCGUCUACUUCAGGACGGUGCACGUGUUCCCGGCUCUAAGCAGGUCCUGGUGGUCAGAUGAUUGUGCCAGAGGUCUCCGGGUGUGGGUUGCGGACUUCACGAAGAGACACGUGAGCCCCGCACUCAUCCAGAUCGAGGCCCAGAUCAUCACCAGGGCCACCGACAAGGGGGUCUGGGAUGACGGCGGGGAGAUGAGUGUUAGGGCGAGUGCUAACUCGAGGCAGGUGGUGGCCUCGUACCUGAAGGAGGAGUGUACACUGGAGGCCGUCAUUCAGCUGCCGCCGGAUUACCCGCUGAGGAAUGUCGAGGUCACCUGCAGCAAGAGGAUGGGGGUCUCCGAGAGCCGGUGGAGGCAGUGGGUUCUACAGAUCGUGACGCUCCUCUCGCUUCAAGACGGCUCGGUGCUCGAUGCGGUAAUGAUGUGGAAGAAGAACGUUGACAAGGAGUUCGAGGGCGUGGAGCCGUGCGUUAUCUGCUAUUCCGUGCUUCACCCGAAGAGCAUGGACCUUCCCCAGAUGACCUGCAAGACGUGCAACAACAGGUUCCACUCCAGCUGUCUAUACAAGUGGUUCCACACGAGCCACAAGAACAAAUGCCCCAUCUGCCAGCAGACGUGGGCGUGAACUGGAACCUUCCUCUCUCCCUGCCCGUGGUACCCACCCGCUGUCCUGUCCUGUCCUGUCUUUUUUCGAUCUUAUUUUAUCGCUUGGUCCCGAUGGGGAAAACACACUAAAGGCCAGGAUGGAUAACCACGUCCGUUGUCAUAGAAUCAAAUCUAUAGUCUACGUCAAUGUGCGCUUGGCAGUAUCGUACCGUGUACGUGAGAAAAUCGGGGAGGGGCGGGGGGGGCAAGGAGUACAAGAUGCUGUUGUGCUGAUGUGGGUUCCUUCUUGAUGAUUUACGAGUUCGUUCGUGAGAAAUACUGUCUUCCUUUUAGGCGAGUUCUAAUCCUGGGAGAGAUUGAGGACCCACCAAAUGUUUCGGGCGAUGUCCAGUGUCUGUCUGCACUAAACACACAUUACCACGAAGCACCGCAAGCACCCUGCCUGUUGGCCGUCCGCCAGCCGUGUGCGCCGGCACGUUGUGUAUUGUGUUGUGCUGCUACUGCUGUACAAUGUGUUGUGCCGGAAGUCUCGCCACGAUAAGCGCUAGGCUAAAGCUCGCAGCGUUUGAGCUACAAUCGAUUGGGAUGGAAACUUAACAAAGAGAGUAGGUGUGGUCUAGAGCUGGGUGGCCAAGUCUUACUCUACUUAGUGUGGUAGAGCCACCGGAAGACACCUGGCUGACAUGACUCUAGACAAAAUAUAGCCCGCCUUGACAUUGUGGUGGAAAAGGCCGUGACUAACUCAUGAACACAGAGCAGAAUCUAGAGUAGUCUAGUACCAAUGGUGGGUGCUCUCAAGAUCAAGACUUCUGAAGAGGGGCACACUACUCUGAAAACGAUCUGUAUCACCGGUAUUGGACGGCGGGUAGCUAGAGUAGUUUAAU